CCCAUCGAUGCCGGCUUUGGAUUCAAUGCUGGAGUCACCAUCCCUUCUUCUAUCGCCGAUAAAGUCAAGCAUUUCAUCCCUGGCCAGAAGGAGAAGCGUGAUCCCCAGAGAACCCACCCUUUCCGUGACACAGCAAAUGACGACUUGCUACUUCCCAACCUAACACCCGUUACCAGUGGUCACUUGGACUCCCCCCUUGGAAAGCGCGAUCCCCAAAUCAACGCCGGCUUUGGCUUCGACGCUGACGUUACUAUUGACCCUGUUGCUCUACCCGGCCACAUCAAGAAACUCCUCCCAGGUCAAAAGACCAGGCGUGAUGCCCAGCUAACCCGUCCUUUCCGUAACGCAGCAAAUCUCGACUUGGUACGCAACAAGCUAUUACCAGUUAUCAGUAGUCACUUGGGCUCCCCCCUUGGAAAGCGUGACCCCCAAACCGAUGCCGGCUUUGGCUUCAACGCCGGUAUCAACAUCGACCCUAUUGCUCUGCCCGGCCACAUCAAAAAACUCCUCCCGGGCCAGAAGGCCAAGCGUGACCCCCAGAACCGCGGAAAGGGCCAUGUCAUUGGCAAGAUCGCAGAGGGAGUUGCUGGCGGCAUCGGCGCCAUCGCUGAUGGCUUCACUAUCCACCAGGCUCUUCAGGGCAAGCAGGCUUAA